AUGGACGCGACUGCCACAAGCACUAGUUGGACUCAAUCGGCGAGCACCACCAGACUUGCAUCGCAAAAUUCUCCGACGAAAGGAGUAGUGUCAGUCGUAGUCGAUUCGAGAAACGAAAGUCCAAAUGUAUUUGCUGUUAAAGAGGAACAUAUUGUCGGUCAUAGGGGUACUUCGAUAACUUGCGGAGGCGUGACCGUUACUUCUAUAAACGUACCUCAAAAUGAGGAACAAGACUUUUCUUCUCAAAAUGUAAAAAAUACAUUGCAUUUCGGUGCAAACGAGAGAGCGGAAAUAGGUAUAAAAUGUGAACCUCUUUCGUCAAAUUUUAACGAUGACGAUUCAGACGUUCACCUUCGAAUCAAAAAAAAACGAAGCAAUAAAAAUGACGAAAAAUCUCAAGACAUACUUAAAAUUGAAGAGCCAGAAAGGCCAAUGUCCUGGGAAGGAGAGCUUUCGGAUACAGAAAUGUCAAUUGUCACAGAUGGAAGGCGUAUGAGAGACGACAUAAAAGAUGAAUUGAUGAGUGAUGUUCAAAUGUCACCGCAGAGUAUUCCAAAAAGCGAAAUCGGCGAUGCAAUUAUUAUGGAAUCUGGGAGACUUAAACAAGAACCGGAGACUUGUAACGAAACAAUGAGCGGAUAUUCUUCAAGUUCUAGAGAAUUACCACUGCUCGUCGAUAAGUUAUUGGGUGGUUAUUCGACUCCCUCGCAAAGUCCGAUUCUUCAACAGAGGCAACAGCAUCAUUCUCUUACAAAACAGCAUUCCCUUUUGGGAGCUCUCCCUCCUAAUCCUUCUCCGGACUCGGCAAUACAUUCCGCGUAUUCGUAUUCUUCUCCGGCGGCAUCUCCCGCGGCUUCUCGUCAUUUACCCUCGAGUGGUUUUUCGUCGCCUUUCACGCCUUCCCUAUCGAGAAAUAAUUCGGAUGCAAGUCAAUACGGAGGAUCGCAACACUCAUCCUGUUACAGUUACAACAGUGAGAAUUUUUCGAGUCCGACGCAUUCUCCCAUUCAGAGCAGACACCUUUUAGGAUAUUCGAAAGUUGAUGGAAGUCCCAUACAUUCUGUAACGGGGGGGCAACUUGAUUAUCAGCAACAACAUUUGGACAAUGAAAGAGACGAAGAGAAAGAUCCUUGCCUCGAAGAGAAAAUGUCAUGUUUAGCAUCUGAUUUUUCUCAACAUUCUGCCUUAGCAACUCCUCCCGGAAUAUCCAGACAACAGCUGAUUAAUAGUCCUUGUCCCAUUUGCAGUGACAAAAUCUCUGGAUUUCAUUAUGGAAUAUUUAGCUGUGAGUCGUGCAAAGGUUUUUUCAAAAGAACUGUUCAAAAUAGAAAGAAUUAUGUUUGUUUAAGAGGAUCCCAGUGCCCGGUGACAAUAGCAACGCGGAAAAAAUGUCCGGCGUGUAGAUUUGAAAAAUGUUUAAAAAUGGGAAUGAAAUUAGAAGCAAUAAGAGAAGAUAGAACGAGAGGAGGGAGGAGUACAUAUCAGUGUUCGUACAGCGUACCUUCCUCUCUGCUUCAGAAUAGUGAUUCCAUACACAAACUCUCAAAUAGUCUUACAGCUGGGGAAACUCUAGUCAAACUAGAAACGCCACAUUUAGGAUCGCCAAAUUCAAAUUUGGAUUCAAGACUGCUUCCGGUUCCGCAAUUGUUACAAGAAAUAAUGGACGUUGAACAUUUGUGGCACUGUAACGAAAGAGAAAUGCUUGGCUCUCCGAUGAACAAUCACAGACAUUCACCUUCGUCAACCCCCUCCUCUCCAUCCCCAUCUCAAUCUCAAACGAAUUCAGAAUCGAAUCCGGAUUUUCUAUCGAAUUUGUGCAAUAUCGCGGAUCAUCGUUUGUAUAAAAUUGUUAAAUGGUGUAAAAGUUUGCCCUUGUUUAAAAACAUAUCGAUCGACGAUCAGAUUUCACUUUUGAUAAAUUCCUGGUGCGAAUUAUUAUUGUUUUCCUGUUGUUUUCGAUCCAUGUCUUCCCCGGGAGAAAUAAGAGUUUCCCUCGGGAAAUCAAUAUCAUUAUCAAAAGCAAAAGAAUUAGGUUUGGGACCUUGCAUAGAGAGAAUGUUGAAUUUCACGCAGCAUUUAAGAAGGCUCAGACUGGAUAAAUACGAAUACGUUGCCAUGAAGGUCAUUGUUUUGUUAACGAGCGACGUGAACGAUUUAAGAGAGCCUGAAAAAGUGAGAGCAUCACAAGAGAAAGCUCUUCAAGCAUUGCAACAUUACACUUUGGCUCACUAUCCGGACAUGCCGUCGAAAUUCGGAGAAUUGCUUUUGAGAAUUCCAGAAUUGCAAAGAACUUGCCAGGUCGGAAAGGAAAUGUUGUCGAUUAAAAAUCGCGAAGGAGAAGAAGGGCCGAGUUUUAAUUUAUUAAUGGAACUUUUAAGGGGCGAUCAUUAA